GUUGUCAUAGUAGCAGCAGCCAGAGACUCAUGUCUUGCAGUUCGAAAUAUUAAUUACAUAAAAACGCGAAGAAAAGCAACAAUACCUCUUUCAGUCUGGAGGGCCAAUGAUUUCUGUGUGUCUUUGAGAUCCAGACUUGCAUUGACGGAUUGUCCUUCUGGGGACUUUUUAAAUUGCUUUGUUCCUCUCUUUUCUCACUGAUUUGAAUUUCCGUCAUUUCAAAACCAUGUCCCAGAAACUGAACAAUGAUGGAGCUCAAAAAGGAUUUUCUGUUGGACGUGGACUUUUGGUAGCCACUGAGACUUUAAACUUUAGUGUGGGUGAGACGCACUCUGAUCCCUAUGCCUCCUCUUCCCAGUCCCAUAGCGGCAUGGCUGGUUUGAUUGGAGGGGAGGGAAAUUACCGGGACUCUCAGCUGCCCCACCGAGCAGGCAGUCACAUUAGCAAUACAGUGAAACUCAUCGCCAGCCUAGGUCUGUCACCAACUGACCUGGAUGCCCUGGCACAGGUUCCAGAGGAUAACAUCAGCAUGGAGACCUUGCCCCAACUUAUCAUGCAACUUAAGAGCGGCAAGAUGGAAGCAGGCCACCGCAUGGGUGGCGAACUCUCAAGAUUUUCUUCAGAGAUUACUUCCUACCGAGGUAGCCGAGAGGAUUGGGGCAACAUGCAGGGUGGAAGACUGGACAUUUCCAGUGGUCAGAAUCAAAGCCGUUCACAAGGUGACUUUGGUUCCAUGUGCGAUACUUCUGAUCGAGGGUAUGACAUGUUAGAUUGUGGCAGCAGAGAGGGACAAUAUUCUGAGCUUUCCCAGAACUCCUACCGCAGCCUUGGCAUGUCCACGUCAUCGGCAUCUGACGACAUGUUCAUGCAGAGAAGAAUGGGUUCCCUGUCCCAGGGAAAAGUGCAAGAUUUAUUGGGAGUCAUGCCCUCCAUGUUUCCCUGUGUGUGUGCCCUUUGUGAUUUUGAUGUUCACUCUGACAUGGAAUGGACUCAGCACACAACUGGGAUUCGUCAUUCUGAAAACUGCAGACUCCUUCUGCAAAUGUACCCAGACUGGGAUCCUCACUUGCCCUUGACUCGCAUGGCAACUUCCCUUUCACUGGACACAAAGAGUCGUCAAGAUGCAUUGCUGGGAGUAGCUCCAAUGGGUGCUGGUCAACAAAGAUCAGGGAUGAGCUCCAACUGGGGGUCUGAUUCCAGUAUGGGAAUGACAAAUAAAAGUUCAUCAUAUGCAGCAGCUCCAAAGAUAAGAAGUAGAGUGGUUGUGGUAAAAUAUGACAGGAAACCACUUUCAUCAAACACUCUGUUUGCUUUGGCAAAACCCUUUGGCACCAUCCAUAAGCAUAUUGUGCUGAAUCACAAGGCUUUCCUGGAGCUCCAGACACAUGAGGAAGCUUUGGCCAUGGCAAAUUACUACCAGCGUAAUCCUGCCACUUUAAACGGGAAAGAGAUCGAGAUUUAUUUGUCAAAGGAACUGAUGGUAAUAAAGAAAUGUAGAAGGCCAAACAGAUACACUACACCUGUGAAGGAAGGAGACAACCAGAACAAUCUAGCCACGAUGGACCCAGUGGAGGAAUCCACUCUCCGCUCCACCCUGUCUCAGCAGGAAGCUUUACUGGGACGUCAGCAGGAUCAGAUCUCCGCUUCUAACCGGGCUCUGGAGAUGAUGGCGUCGCAGCUCGCCCAGCUCACCUCUGUCGUUCAACAACUCCGGCAGCCUUCCGAAGCCUGUCCCAUCCGAGUGGAUCAAUGUCUGGCCCUACGCCGCUGCCAUUCUCCACCUAACCAGGCAGCUGACCACCAUACCACAGUUUCAGCCAGAUCACUGGAAUCACGGUCCAACGCAGAGCCCAUGCUGGACGGGAGGGCCCGGGUUUCUCAUAAGGAGAAGCGGCGACGCCUCAUUCAAGGACUCUGUUUUUAUUGUGGCCAGUCUGGUCAUGUCAAAGCCUCCUGUCCAGUAAAUGACACCGCUCAUCAGUAGGCAGGGGGUUACUGGCGAGUGCAACACCCCUGGACAAAACCUUUGGAUUAUGCACUCUUCUCCCUGCUUGGCAGGAGGCAUCGCUUGGGGUGGGGGUAGGCUACUCUCACGGUUCUGGUGAGUUCGUUGGUCUGUUCUGUUUGUUUUGAUAUUUCUCUCCCUCGUGUGUCUCAGGUGCAGUCGGCGUGCUUGAUCAGCAUUUCCAUGCCACUUAUUAGCUUGCGUGCAGUACCUGUUUCUCCACUGAUACACUACCCAUUUAAUCCUUUCAUUGUGUCAUGUUCUUUACUAGAUUUAUGUUUGGUGUUAAAGUAACUCACCUCACUCUCUGCCUAGUUGAUCCUGUUUCUUGCAUCUGUUUUGGUUGCCCAUCUCUGCCCGCAUGUCGGGAAUGUGGUUACCUUCCUGUUUGCUGUGCUCUUGUACUCUUCUCGGAGGAUUCCUCAGGGAUCUGCUCACUGCCCGGCCAUGGCGCACACACCUUGAUGAACACACCUAUCACCUUCUUACUGCAGACAGUGCCGGGUUCUCCAUGCUUCACCAGCCCAGAUUAUGUUAUAAUUUAUUGUUAAUAAAUUAUUUG